AACAAAGCGUCAGCAAUAGUCUGUAACACUUUGUGGUGGCAGAUCUGCAGGGCGCGAAGCGCGGCCAGCAAUGCUGUUUUCAUUUCCAAGUAUAAAAAACACCCGAUGAAGUGUGCGCAAAGAGACUGAAAUGUGCGCAAAGAGAUUGAAAUGUGCGCAAAGAGAUUGAAGUGCGCGCAAGGAGAUUUCCAGAGUCACUGCAACUUCAUUUGGCUGCAGCCUGUGCUGCUUUCUCUCCCUCUGCUGUCCUCAGUCUGCAGACCGGAGGAAUGUACAACUUGCCGAACUGAAAAUGCAAAAAGUGAGCCGUUAGGCAAAGUGUGAGUUUUGGAAGAAAAAUAACAGGAGUUACCUUCCUGAAGUUGGAAACUUCCCAACGCAGCAUCGAUCGAGGACCUCCCGCCCACUUUACCUCUGAUCCACAAUACAGGAAGGCGGAGAGAGAUAGAGAUAGAGGGAGGGAGAGAGAGAGAGAGAGAGUGGAGCAGCCGCAGCGGUGGAUGAAGCAACAAAGGCUGGAUGUUUAAACUGAAAGAGUCCCUCUGAACAGAACUCAGCUGCGCUUUCUCUCCUAUAUCUGACAUUUUCUCCACUGGAACUCUGCAUCAGCUUGGAUCUCAAUCCCGGGACCCAUUCAGAGCAAACUCUCCACAGCCCACCCAGCAGGGGAGGGGGGAAUCAUCGCAAACGUGAAAUUGAUGCUUUGGCACAUUCAGGCGCGCCGCCGAGAUCCUAGUUUAGCCAAAGUCUCUUGCAGCGCAGUGAGGAAGAGGUGCGUCGGUGCGCCGCCGAGGAAGGAUUUUCAGAAGUUGCAUGCGUGUUCUCUUUGUCGCCCUGAGUAAAACCAGUCCAGCCGCUCUCAGGUUAUCAGAAGAGACGCUCCGGGAUAGUUGAGGUGCCAUGGGGCUGUUCACGGGGAUGUUGGCGUUCCUGUUGGCGCUGCAGGUCCAAGCUGCAAAUGGACAGAGUGUACAGAUGGACUCCAGCAAGUCUGGCUUUGUUGGCUCACAAGUGGAGCUGCGCUGCAUUUUCGUCAAUAGUAACCCACCUGUGAAGAUCUCCCAGGUCACUUGGCAGAAGCUGGUCAACGUCACCAAGCAGAACGUUGCCAUCGCCAACCCGGCCCUGGGUGUGUCUGUCCUGCCGCCUUUCAAGGAGCGGGUGGCCUUUAAGCAGGCGGAGGUUCGCUAUCGCCCAUCACUGGAGGACACCACCAUCGUGUUCUCCAAUCUGCAGCUCUCUGACGAGGCAGCCUACAUCUGCGAGUAUACCACAUUUCCAGCAGGCAACAGGGAGAACAUGGUCAACCUGACUGUGUUUGCUCGGCCAACAACCCGUAUGACCCUGACGGCCCCGACAAUUGUGGCCAGGGGUCAAAAGCGCAAAAUGACCGUUGCCACCUGCGUUUCCGCCAACGGAAAGCCCCCAAGUGUCAUCAAGUGGGACACUAGGUUGAAGGGGGAACCCACCUUCCAGGAGACUCGCAACCCAAACGGCACGGUGACAGUGAGGAGCAACUAUGUGGUGGUCCCGAGCCGCGAGACCCACAAACAGAAGCUGACCUGCAUCGUAACCUACCAAAAAGAGCGGAUCACAGACAGCGUGGUGCUCAAUGUGCAAUAUGAACCCGAGGUGAAGAUCGAAGGGUUCGAUGGAAACUGGUACCUGAACCGUCCGAAUGUUCAGCUGACCUGCAGGGCUGAUGCUAACCCCCCAGUGACCAUCUACCAGUGGAAGCUGCUGAAUGGCUCGCUACCCAGGACUGUGGAGAUCAAAAACAACACCCUGUUCUUCAAGGAGCCUGUGAACUAUGAUCUUGCUGGAACCUAUGUGUGUGACGCCACCAACAGCAUCGGGACCCGCACUGGAAUCGUGGAUGUCAACAUCACAGACCUCCCUAUCAACCCACCUUACCAGGGCGAAGGCGUCUCACCGGAGCAGCACAAUACAGGUGCCAUCAUCGGGGGUGCUGUGGGGGGAGUGAUCCUAGUGGUCAUCGCGGCAAUACUCCUCUUCAUCUUCCUGCGCCGCCGGCAGCGCACCUUCAAGGGAGACUACAGCACCAAGAAGCAUGUAUUUGGAAACGGGUACAGCAAGGCGGGCGGCCUGCCUGCACACCCCCCCAUCACCAAGAACCUCCAGUUCCCUGAAGACUCGGAUGAUGAGAAGAAACCCGGCCAGAUUGGUAGCACCGGGGGUUUCGAGGCAAUCGGCGAUCGGAAUUUCGAUGCCGAAUCUGAGGACCUGAAGAGACCAUACUUCACUGUAGAUGAGGGGGAGAGCCGGGAUUAUGAGGAGCGGACUCUGGCCUUCCAGUAUGACCCAGAAUCUGAAAUAGCUGACGAUAUGGUCUCUCAAACCGACGGUUCUGUCAUUUCUAAGAAAGAGUGGUACGUGUAGUGGCAUGGCUGAUCAACCUAUUGUCCCUGACCUGCAUUCCACCUCAUCUGUUACCCCCUACCUUCACCCCCCCCACCCCACCCCCUCAUUGGUCCACCUUCACCUCCUGCAAUGGCAUUCCCACCUCACUUCCCCACUUAUCCCACAUCAGACUCCAUCCAACUUAUCACUGUUAGAAUAUCCAAGAGUCUAUUUAAAUUCCAAGAACAACUUCUCAACAUGACAGCAUUGGUAUCGCUUUCAUCACCGUAAUGGGCAAAGAAUACAAACUAAGGUAUGUAAAUAGACUCAGUGUGGCUAAAAGGCCAGAAAGGUGAUUGGUUAAUACUGUUGUAUUCUACUUUUAUGUGUAUUUUAUUUUUCAUGUUAUAAAUGUAUUAAAUGUAUAAAAAAACAAAAACAGGUUGAGGUUUUGCUGAGCACAUUUGUGAAAGUCCUACACUGGAUGUAUGUUUUUCAUUUGUUGUUGUUUUUUCUCCUUUUUCAUUAGCAAUUGCAAUUUUGUUAUUUUUAUAUUCUCUUUUUGUAUGAUCUGCCGAGAAACGAGAGUUAUGUGUCUGAUAUAUUUACAGGUGGAGUUCAAAGUUUUGAAAGUUUUUGGUCAACUGUUUCAGAAAACAAGAUAAAAAAAAAAAAUUAUCUAGCUGUACAGACUGUAUGAUUUAUAACUUUAGCACGUUAUUGUUGUUCUUCAAAGACGUCAAUUCUUUUCAAGUCCCAUCUUCAAAUAUAUUCACUUUAUUUUAUUUUUGUAGUAAAGGUUCGUCAACGGUCUGCUGAGCCAUACAAACCUUUUUUGGCAACAUAGUGACAAAGAAAGAUUUAAUAUUAUUGCUAAGAUUAAUUCAUGUAAAAUGAGUGCCCUUAUCAAUGAACUGUGUUAUUGUUGGAAGAGUUUGCAGGUGGCUUUUCACUUGUUGUAAUUCCAAUGUCCUGCAAAGGUAAUAGUGCUGCUUAAACUUUUUUCACAUAUUGUCACAUUACAAACACAAACCUCAAUGUAUUUAAUUAUUAUAUUGUGUAAUAUACCAAGAUAGAAUAAUGCAUAAUUGUAAAGGGAAAGUUGAACAAUAUUUUCAAACAUUUGUGCAAGUAGAAAUUUUAAAACUGUGAUAGAUAUUAAAACAUUUUUCUAUUUUACCCUAAAGUAAAAUCUAAGGCAAACCGGUUUAUAAAGACCGUAUUCAUCCAAAGUAAAAAGGUAACGGUCUCAUGGUAACUCAAGAGUUGAUCAGAGAUCUACUGCUCAACCAUAAAUAUAUACCCAACGGUAAAGUGGAACUCUUUGCAUCAAAGCAUAAUCAUGUCAAAUCUGCCAGGUCCUAAAUAUAAUCAUACAUUUUAUUACUAUUUAAAAACUUUUGCAACAAAAAAGGCAUAAAUCUCUCUCUAGAUUUUUAAAAGUAGUAGACAUACCUUAAAUAGUCUUCAUUGAACCACAUCUGCAAAACGUUAAGGUCAAGUGCAUGAGACACAUGCAGGUCUGAUAACUCCUUAAUUGGCUCACCUCAAAUUUCCACCAUUGAGGUGAGCGACCUUUUGUCCUACAGUAUAUUAAUCUCAGUGCUCCCCAACACUACCAAGCCUCUUGGAUUAGGGGUGAAAUGUUUUCUAAAAAACUAAACAUCCAGUUGCCUAGACUGAACUUUUCAAGCUUGACCAUGACCUGGAUAACUGAGAAUCUUCACUGAUAUCUCAAAGUGUAUCUUCCUUAAAUCAUGAAGUAGGCUGAGAGAUUCAAAUGUCUAAACUAUAGACAUUUAAGAAAACAGAAAAACAAACAAAUUCUAUUUGUAAGACCUAAGUAACUCAGAGGGUCAACUAUUUAAGUUUUUUUCUUAUGAUUUGUAACAUUUUACUUUUACUUUACAAUGCUGCCCCUCUCUAAGUUGGUUUUACCCUGUAUCAUUAUUUCAACAAAGUACAUUGAAUUUUGUGGUUUUUAUGAGACAAUAUGUGAAAUAGUUCAAAGGCAAUGAAUGCUUUUGCAAAGAAUAAUGUCCAAAAGACAUUCACUCAGUCUCACAGGAUCACUGAUAAUGUUUGGAAAUCUAGUGGUCUGUUGCUUGACUUUGAACACUUUGACUUGUGUAUUUGUUAAAAAAUCUUACCACUUUUUGAAAUGCCCUGGUGUUUUUAUGUUACUUUUCUAUGUGCCAGUUGAGCUGUCAUAAUUAUGUUUGGUUCUGACCUCUUCUUUUCAAUGGAUGUCAGCAAAAAGUGUCUGAGGAGUUUGCCUUUCCAGUUGUUACUGUUUAUCUGAGGAACUCGCUUACAUCAACCUCAUGUUCCACCAGGAGUUAUCCAUGGACUCAAGGACUUGAAUAAGCGGGCAGUCAUCAACUAAUGCUUUUAUUUACAUGAAUAGAGAAAAUAUUUUAAAAACUAAAGGGGUCUGAAAAUAUUAUCAUGGACGUGCUACAAAGUAAGAAAGCAGUAUGGGACCCUAACUACUGCUUUUAUGUUAUUUCGUAUUGAAUUUCAGCUAUUUUGGGGUGAUAUUACAGUGAGGAGUUGUUUUAUUUCUGAUUUCUUUCCCUGUUGUCAGGAUCUUUUCUGCAUAUGGGGAUGCAUUGACUCUGUUUCCAAGCAUUCUACAAUAUAUAUAUGUUAUCUGUUUUUAAAAUUGAUGUUAGCAACUGCCAGUGGAUUCUAGUAGAGCAGAAAUACUAUUUUAUUUCUCCUCAGCUCUGAUGUCCAUUACACAAUCAUCAAAAUGUAUUUGCUUCAAACAAGAAUGAAAAACAACCUCAAUGUGAAAAAUCAGAGAUAAGAGAAGCAUUGCAGUAAUUUUGUGGAUGUAAACAUAUCUGACUGGCUCUGAGCACUAUAAAUACUGUAUUAAGCCUUAUUUUAUGCAUGUUUUGUGUGUGGGAGUGGAUGUGCAUUUGUUGGGUUUUUGUUUUAGUCAAUGCCAGUGUGUUUUUGUCCUCAUUUGCAGCUUAAAAAGGCAACAAUAUCCUUCGAUUUUUAAUGUUGUCGGUAUUGGCAGAGCUACGAGUUCAUUGGUACGCUUGUACCCAACAAUAACAUUGCAGUUCAUACAAAAAUAACUAUAUGAAUAUAUGUUACAAUGAUAAAGAAGACAAAAAACAUCUUGUUUGACAAGUUCUUGCAGAUCUGGAUGUUUAAAAGUCCAUGCUUGUCUAAUGUAUGCUUUUAGAUGAGCAUGUUAUUCAUAAGUCUCAAUCUAUAUUGUAUGAUAUACAUAAACAAGCAUUGAACUGUGAGGAAUAUCUUGUUCUUAUUAGAGGUCAGUUUCCUUCUGUUCCAUUUUUUUCUGCUCUAAUUCCUAUUUCAAUGGCCUUAAUUCUGUUUUACACAGACAGUACAUGGCUCAAAAUAAACUAAGCAAUGGUAGCCAGUUUCUCCUGUUACUGUGGACAUAAGAACACUUUUGUUUUCUUGCCCAGGCAGGGGAAACGCUUUCUUGUAAGUCUCAAAUAGUUUGAACCACAGCAUUUUCAGAGAACAAAGCACGAUUUUUUUUGUUUUUGUUCUUUUAUUCAGUGCCUAUCAAAUGAAGGGGGUGGUAGGUAGUCACAGCAACCACUUCCUGUUUAUUUAAGCUCUUCAUUCCCCAAAUGAAUAAAAUAAGUUCAGCAGUUCUUAUAAAGUAUUCAUACUUUUGUUUAUACAUCAGAAACAAACCUCAGUGUGCUUUAUUGGGUUAUUGUGUAAUAGACCAAAAAAGGUAAAGCAGAAAAGGAAAAAAGAAUGAAAGGGAUACAUCCUUUGACAAGAAAAUGUUAGAAAGAAGGACGAAAUGAACAUUCAAACCCCUUUAACAAUGAGACCCCUAAAGAAAUAAAAAGAUAUUGCAACCAGUUGCCUACAAACGAUCCCCAAUUUGUUAAUUUAACAUUUCUCUCCACUCUACAGUCUUGCAAUAUUCAGGAGUUUUGCAAGAUCUCUGUUAGAUAUUGUCAAGUCCUGAAGGUCUUAAGUCUGUUUCACUCAGAUCUAGGUCCUGAAAAUGUCCAGAUUUCCUACUUAAGUUUUCCAGUACAUCCGUUAAAAUUUAGUUGAGUUUUUUCAGCGAGUGGGCAUUUAUUUUGGUCUAUGAAAUAAAAUCUCUAUAAAAUAUAAAAUUACAAAUUGUGAAAAAGUUAUAAGGAAGCAUACAUUUUUUAAGUGCCAGAACGCAGACUUCAAAUCUCUUGUACUAUAUUUCACACAAAUGAUCAAAUAUGUGCAGUGCAAUUUAGUUAGUCUUAAUUCCAGCACUUUACUCACACUGCAUCUAUACUUGAUCACUAAAUUCUAUUUAAAGCUAAAGCUGUAAUUUUUAGCAACUUUUUAAACAUUUCUGUCAAUAUUGAAUAUUUUAAGUCCUGAAAGGAUCUAAAUUCUGCAGGCUUAACAACAGGUUGUUCUAAACUUUUAAGCACAACUGCAACUCAGAUACCGUAAAAAGAAAUAUGAUUGCAUGUCUAAAUUAAUCCUAACAUCGCCAUUUGAAAGCACAAAUAUAUGCUUUUUAUUGGACAUUUUAUCUGCUUCUGUUAUGAAAUCACUGCCACAACUGCUUCUUAGAUAUGUGACAAAACGUUUUGGGGGGUUUAACUGUAUAUUGCUUGAUAUUAACAUUCAUAUUACUAAGGUUCUCUGACUGUCUAUUUUGCAGUAGUGUCAAUAUAUUCAUUCCAUCCUAAUCUGUUUUCUAUUCAAUAUGUUUCCCAUUCCACUGUAAAUUUUGUACAUAAGGUUGAGAUUAUAGUCUGGGUUUAUUAGGGAGCCUGUCAUGUAAAAUAAACCCUAUUUGUCUGCAAACAUGGAGACUCAGUGAUGGAUAGAUGAUGUUGGUGCAUAGCUUUUCCCCAAAGUCUCAACUAAAACUGCUCCUCUAGUACCUUUUUAACAUGCCAAUAGUGACUUCACUGUCA